AUGACUGACAUCAAGCGGAAGUCUGGUCUGUUUCCCCAGAUGGACGGACUGUCCCUUCAGUCUCCGCUCAGAUUCCUCAGUGUUUUGGUUAUCUGUCUUUUCCUAACUAAGUAUUGUAAAGGUCAGUCUCAGUUGAUGGGUUCACCUCAGCCAAUAGUGGCAACAGUUGGCGAUAACAUCAUUUUACCAUGUCACCUGGAACCUGCAGUGGACGUUGCUGCCAUGACAUUGGAGUGGACAAGAUCUGACCUGAAAUCUACAUUUGCCUUUGUGUGGCGUGCUGAGAAGGAAGUUACGAAAACAAUCAGUCCAUCUUACAAAGGAAGAACAUCACUGUUCACUGAUGAACUGGAGAGAGGAAACAUUUCACUGAAACUCUCUGAUGUGAGACCUUCUGAUGCAGGAAGAUACAAGUGCUACAUUCCAGACAUGCUUAAAGGAUCUUUCAUUGAGCUCGUUGUUGGUGCUGCGUCCUCACCUGUCAUCAGUUUAGCAGGGAUUGACAGAGACAAGGGGGGAGUGGUGUUACAGUGUGAGUCUGCAGGCUGGCAUCCAGAGCCUGAGGUGUUGUGGCUGGACGGUGAGGGAAAGCUCCUCUCUGCUGGACCUACAGAGACAGUCAGAGGUCCUGAUGACCUCUAUACUGUCAGCAGCAGAGUGACUGUGGAGAAGAGACACAGCAACAGCUUCACCUGUAGAGUCCAACAGAGGAACAUCAACCAGACCAGAGAGACACACAUCCAGGUUCCAGAUGAUUUCUUUAAGGUCCAGUCCAGUUCUUCGUCUAUCACAACUAGUUUGGCUGUUAGUUUGGCUGUUUGCAUCCUGCUUAUCCUGUUCCUUUCCUUUUUUGCGUGGAAAUGGAGACAAAUGAAAAUAAAGACCGAGAGACGCCACAGGGAUGAAACUGAAGAAGGAAGGAGGAAUCACUCUGAAACUAACAGAACGGAUUACCAUCUUGCCGCUGCAGAGGAAACAAAGCCUUUGAAGGGAAAAGAGGAAAAGAAGAGCAAACAUUGGCCAUUAGUUUCCAGGCAGAGGUUCCAGGAGGAGCAGCAGAGGAGGGAGGAAGCUGAGAACAAGGUUCAGAUCCUGGAGGAGGAGCUGCAGACGAAAACCGCAGAGCUCCAGGAUGAACACACCAGGAGAGAAGAAGCUGGGAGACAAGUUCAGAGGAAGCAACAGGAGCUGCAGAAGAAGACACAAGAGCUGGAGGGAAACCAGGCUGAAACCAACAAACAGCUCCAGCAGGAGACACAGCAAAAGGACAGAGCUCAGAGUGAAGUGCAGAACCUGAAGAAUCAGCUGGAGACCAAGACAAAAGAGAAGAAGAAGAAGAAGAAGAAAAAGGAGUCUGAGGAAAAAGUGAAGACCUUGAAGGACGAGCUGCAGAACAAAAACACACAGUUAGAGGUAAACCAAGAUGUUAACAUCAGGCUGCUCCAACUGGAGACACAGGAAAAGGACAACGCUCAGAGUGAAGUGCAGGCCCUGAAGAAGACCAAGGAAAAAGAGCUCCAGGAGGAGAAGAGGAGGAUGAAGCUUGAUGAGGAAGUGAAGACCUUUAAGGAGGUGGAGUUUUAAAAAAACAAGUUGGAGAAAAACAAACGUGAGCCGGAGAUUUCCAAGACACAGCCUCAGCAGCAGAACAACAACUGCCUGAUCAGCUGAAUCUCGCCCAGUGGACACAACAUGGAUCAGGAUAAACGAUCAUUGACACUCUUUACACCCUAUAGGUCAAAGCCACAGAACCACUGGAGCUUUUGGAGUUGUGCACUUUUUCUUAUAAACCUGUGCUCUCAGUGCACCAGUGACUGUGCUACUUAACUCCCUAAGGGGAACCAAUGUUUUUUUCAACCUGGGCCCUAUUUUCUGAUCUACUUUUGUUUAAAUGAGUGCUAGACAUUUCUCCAGUAUGAAGCUAGGGC